AUGGGUUUUCUCCAAUCAUGGACCGCCGGUGUCUGCACCCAUUUAUUGUGGUUCCUCACGGUCACCAACCCUCCCACCACUUUGGGGCAAGAUGGACUCCUCGAAUGCUUGGGAACCGGCCACAUCACUACAGUACCCCCCGGCUCUCCUGACUUCCCCCAGGACUCGCUCGCUUUCAACAGACGCUUGCAAUACACCCCCGCUGCCAUUGUAUUCCCUACAUCAGCACAGGAAGUGUCGGCUGCAGUUCUGUGCGCUGCCGGUGCUGGCAUCCACGUUGCCGCUCGUUCAGGAGGACACAAUUACGGCGCGUUUAGUUUAGGUGGUCAAAACGGAUCCCUCGUUGUCGACCUCUCCAAAAUGAAUAAGAUCGUCGUAAAUGCGAACGGAACAGCUAGCUUCCAAACCGGCAACCGGCUUGGUGAUGUUGCACUUACCCUGUUUGAUAACGGUGAACGCGCCAUGGCUCACGGGACAUGUCCGCAUGUUGGCAGUGGAGGCCAUGCGGGCUGUGGAGGAUUCGGCUUCGCAUCCAGAAUGUGGGGGCUCCUUAUUGACCAAGUCGAGUCUGCGGAAGUAGUCCUUGCAAACGGCUCCAUCGUACAGACGUCUACGUCUAUCAACUCAGAUCUAUUCUGGGCCAUCCGUGGUGCAUCGCCCUCCUUCGGUAUAGUUACGGUAUGUCUAGUAUCGACACACGCCGCCCCCUCUGAAAACGUCAUCUUCACUUACACUUACCUGGUCGAUCCCGCUGCCGCCACCAAGAUCUUCACAGAAUUCCAAAGUUUCUCCAAGUCCUUAGCUCCCCCUGAGCUCGGCCUUCAAGUCUCAGUACGGCGAUAUUUUCAGAGGGGCGUUGUCCAUAUGAAUCUCACUGGUGUCUACUACGGCGGUGUUGAACAUUUCCACGAUGUCUUUGACCCACUCCUCUCCAACUUAUCUUCCAUGCAUAUCAAUCAUAAUUACGAGAACGUCACGACAUACGCAUGGGUUCCAUCUUUGAUUCAAUUGUCGGAGGUUGGCACCUUGAACACCUCGAGCCCCAUCCUAAAGGGCAGCCACGAUACAUUCUUCGCAAAGAGUCUGAUGGUCUACGAAGACGCUCUUCUAAAGGACGAAGCUAUUCAAAGUUUCUUCAAUUACGUGAGCCUUGAAGGCGUCCACACUCUUACCUCCUGGUUUGUCCUAGUCGACCUCUUUGGUGGAAAAGGAAGCGCUAUUACGGCCGUAGCCAACAAUGCCACCGCAUACUCCCAACGUAAAGGGCUGUACAACUUUCAGAUGUACGCAAGGUCACCAAACCACCAACCGCCCUUCCCAACAGACGGUCUUGCCUUCGUGAACAACAUGCUCGGGUCUAUCACCGGUAAGAUGCCCCCGAAUUGGCCUUUCGGCGCGUUCACAUGCUACACUGAUCCGACGCUGGAACCUAAACAAUGGCAAUCCCAAUACUACGGAGAAAACUUCUCAAAAUUGACCACGCUCCACUUCAAGUACGACAGCAAGAGCCUUUUCAAUUAUCCCCAGGGUAUCCCCAACCCUCUGCUCAACUCCCUUCAACCGGAUCUGAACAUGGAUUUUUUCAAUCCAACCGUCCAGAAAUUCUUGAAUGUGUGA